GAAAAGGCCUCUGCGCAUGCGCGCCCUGUCUAGCGACAUGGCGACGUUAGCGGCCUGAACACCUUUGCUCCUCGUAGUGUGUGUAAGCCGAGAGCAGGAUGGCAAGGCACAGAAAUGUUCGAGGGCUCAAGUAUGAUGAAGACUUUGAAGAUGACGAUGUCUAUGGCCAGUCAGUAGAGGAUGACUACUGCAUUUCCCCUGCAACAGCUGCCUCAGUUCAUUUACAAAGAGAUGAUUACAACAGCAGAGCCUUUGCAGAGGAGCCUCUGGAAGAAGAUGAUGAAUUUGUCGAAGAUACGAUUGAAGAGUCUUCCCACAGUAACAAGCCCAUAAGUGGGGUUGACCAAGUUCAACUGUAUGCCUGCCUGGAUAAAAUGCGAGAAGUCUUGGGAGAAUCUGUAUCGGAGCAAGUGAUGGUUGAUGCUAUACUGAACUGCCAUUAUGAUGCGCAUAAAGCCCUUGACCUUGUACUUUCUGAGGAAUGCAAGCCAAACCCAGAUAUAAAGAACCAAAUUAUAACCCCUUCCCGGAAAUCCACAGUAGCUUUCAGAAUCCAGCUUUCGGAUGCUGUCUGUAUGGAGUUUGCCCAUUCCUCCAUGACUGAGCAAGCUUCUCCUGGGUAUUCUGGUUUCCUCCCAUGUGCCAAACACAAGCUAGUUGGCAAAACAAGGGAGCAACCAGCUAGAGUUGAUGCCGACAUCAUACCAAAAGUAGCAAAAAUGACAGUAUCUGGAAAGCAAAUAACAGGAUUUAAUAUACCAAGAGCAAACACUGAUGAGAAUGACCAUCUCCGAAAAGGUGCAGUGCCUAAUGAAGUUUUUCCAUCUGUAGUGCUGGAGACUUCACCUAAGCCAAAUUCUGUAGGUCCUGUUUCCUCUUUAAAUGAAGAAGCAACAGUGGUUCAGACUCCAAGCAAAGUCUCUACCAAAACAAGACAGCAGCUUGAUGUGAAAGUUGAACUCGAAAAAAGGCAAGGAGGAAAACAGCUUCUGAAUCUUGUUGUCAUUGGUCACGUAGAUGCUGGUAAAAGUACUUUAAUGGGCCAUGUACUCUAUCUUCUGGGAAAUGUAAACAAACGUGUCAUGCACAAAUACGAACAAGAAUCAAAAAAAGCAGGAAAAGCCUCAUUUGCCUUUGCCUGGGUUCUGGACGAAACAGGCGAAGAAAGGGAAAGAGGUGUAACAAUGGAUGUAGGAGUGACAAAGUUUGAAACUAAGACAAAAGUGAUCACGUUAAUGGAUGCACCAGGUCAUAAAGACUUCAUUCCAAAUAUGAUUACAGGUGCUGCACAGGCUGAUGUAGCAAUCCUAGUCGUAGAUGCAAGCCGUGGAGAAUUUGAGGCUGGAUUUGAGGCUGGUGGGCAGACAAGAGAACAUGCAUUGCUAGUUCGCUCUCUCGGUGUAACACAGUUGGCUGUUGCUGUUAAUAAGAUGGAUCAGGUGAAUUGGCAACCUGAAAGAUUUAAAGAGAUUACUAUCAAACUUGGACACUUCUUGAAGCAAGCAGGUUUCAAAGAUUCUGAUGUUGCUUACGUCCCUACAGCUGGACUGAAUGGCGAGAAUCUAACUACUAGAAGUCAAGUCCCUGAACUCAGAACCUGGUACAAUGGACCUUGCCUGUUAGAACAGAUUGAUUCUUUCAAAUCACCUCAAAGACCAGUGGAAAAGCCAUUUAGAUUGUGUGUGUCAGAUGUUUUUAAAGAUCAAGGAUCAGGAUUCAACGUUACAGGUAAAAUUGAAGCAGGAUAUGUUCAAACUGGAGAUCGAGUGCUGGUUGUCCCUCCAAAUGAAACUUGCACAGUUAAAGGAAUCACCUUGCAUGAGGAGCCACUCGAUUGGGCCGCAGCAGGGGAUCACGUCAUUCUCACUGUCACUGGUGUGGAUAUUAUAAAAGUAAAUGUGGGAUGUAUUUUUUGUGAUCAGAAAGCACCAAUAAAAACGUGCACAAGGUUUAGAGCUAGAGUUCUUAUUUUCAAUAUUGAUAUUCCACUCACACAAGGUUUUCCAGUUUUGUUACACUACCAAACAUUAAGUGAACCAUGUACAAUCAGAAGGCUGGUGAGUGUCCUGCACAAGAGUUCAGGGGAGGUGCUUAAGAAAAAACCAAAAUGUUUGACUAAAGGGCAGAAUGCCUUGAUCGAGCUGCAGGCCCAGAGACCCGUUUCUCUGGAACUCUACAAAGACUUCAAAGAGCUGGGUCGUUUUAUGUUACGUUACGGUGGCUCUACCAUUGCAGCAGGAGUAGUCACUGAGAUAAAAGAAUGAUUGCAGAGAGGAAUUUCCUAAUUCUCGACCGACUUAUCCUAAUUAAGAAACAGAUCAAUGUGACAAGGUCCCACAACUCUAAAGGAUGUAGGAACUGUAGUCGGCAAAACAAAGUGCAAUUUACAAUAACCUAAAAUGGAACUCCAGUGAAUGUGAAUUUACCCUUCUGCAAUAUUGUAUUCAAGGAAGCUACUGACAGAAUGGUCUUCUCAAUUUAUUGACUCAUACUGCCAGUGAUACCUCCUCAAGCAUAGUUGCACUGUGUCUGCGAAGCAUCUCUGCAGCUCUGCACCAUUAAUUUUCUUGAUUUUUAUCAGUAUCCUGAACAUGUGCAUAAAAUGCAUUUUGAAAAAAAAGGAUCAACUUAUUAGCUGCAUGAUGACCCAACUGAACACCACAUUUAGUGGCCCACAGUUGACAAAUACUACUUUGGUUUGCCUGCCUCCUUUUGUUUCAUUGAUGUGCCAUGAUUUAUCAAUGUAUUUAUGGGUUGAUCUGCUGACACUGACAGAUUGACAGUAACAGGAGUACUUACAACCUUGUUGGGGAAAAAUUGAUUUGCAGUACAUUGGAUGAUGAGAUGUUAUAUCCUAACUACCCACUUUCAUAUCAGUAGAAAGUGUUCCAAACUUAUUUAUCAAGGUGCAAGUAAUUAAAGCUGGUUCUGAAUAAAAUAUGGUUAAAGCA